AUGCACCCUGAUAAAACAGAGAAAGAUUUGAAAUACUUUCAAACACUCAAAGAUAAAUUUCGGAAGAGACCUACACUGGACAGACUGUUCGCUUCGACGUCACAAAGAAAUGAUGAUGGUUUGCGGGCGUCUUACAAUAUCUCGUUACUUAUAGCAAAAUCCGGAAAAACGCAUACUAUCGGAGAGAAUUUAAUUUUGCCAGCGGUUGUUGAAGAGGUUUUAAAAACUGUUUUACACAAACCUGCAACUGAUAUCAUUAAAAGAAUUCCCUUAAGUAACAAUACUGUUGAAAGACGUAUUGAUGAAAUGAGUUCUGAUAUUGAAAGCUUCUUAUGUAAUUAUUUGCAACGACCCAUUUCUCUAUACAACUGGACGGCAUUAUUAUUGGCAUAUGUUCGUUUUAUUAUGAAUCAAGAAAUCUACGAAGAACUGCUCUUCGCAAGAACUUUGAUAACCGACACUGAAGGUGAAUCAAUAGUUCAUGUUUUGAAGGAUUACUUCAUUGAAAAAGCAAUUCCUUUAUCAAAUAUAAUAUCAGUAGCUACAGAUGGAGCACCUGCCAUGGUUGGACGUUAUCGUGGAUUUAUAAGCUAUUUAAAACAAAAUGUGUCAGGGGUAUUGCAUGAAUCACUUCAUUUAGUCAUUGAUGCAGUAAACCGAAUCCGAAGCAACGCGUUGAAUACGCGGUUAUUUGCGCAGUUGUGUGAAGAAAAUGACGAACACUUUCAUCAAUUACUCCUUCACACUGAAGAACGCUGGCUCUCGAAAGGCUUAUGUUUGACAAGAUUUUUUGCACUUUUGAGACUAUUUUAG